AAACGCGGGAAGGAGGGGCGGGGCCUCGGAUGGCAGGCUGGAGCAGUGGGGGAGGCGGCAACAUUGUUUCAAGUUGGACAAAUUGUCAAGAGCUGAGCUCUGCUUGCGUUCCAUCCCGAGCUAGGGCUGCCGUGCUCACCCGGGCCCCCAGGUCCUCCGCUCCGAGUGUCCGGCCCGCUUUCGUCAGGGUUCCCGGGCCCCGCUCCCGGGGGCCUGAGCCGCCUCACUAGCGCUCCAUGGAGAACUUCCAAAAGGUGGAGAAGAUUGGAGAGGGCACGUACGGAGUGGUGUACAAAGCCAAAAACAAGUUGACGGGAGAAGUUGUGGCGCUUAAGAAAAUCCGGCUCGACACUGAGACUGAAGGUGUGCCCAGUACUGCCAUCCGAGAGAUCUCCCUCCUUAAGGAGCUCAAUCACCCUAACAUCGUCAAGCUGCUGGAUGUCAUCCACACAGAAAAUAAGCUUUAUCUGGUGUUUGAAUUCCUGCACCAGGACCUCAAGAAGUUUAUGGAUGCUUCUGCUCUCACUGGCAUUCCUCUUCCCCUCAUCAAGAGCUAUCUGUUCCAGCUGCUCCAGGGCCUAGCAUUCUGCCAUUCUCACCGUGUCCUGCACCGAGACCUUAAGCCCCAGAACCUGCUUAUCAACGCAGAGGGGUCCAUCAAGCUGGCUGACUUUGGACUAGCAAGAGCCUUUGGAGUCCCUGUCCGUACUUACACUCAUGAGGUGGUGACCCUCUGGUACCGAGCACCGGAGAUUCUUCUGGGCUGCAAGUACUACUCCACAGCCGUGGACAUCUGGAGCCUGGGCUGCAUCUUUGCCGAAAUGCACCUAGUGUGUACCCAGCACCAUGCUAAGUGCUGUGGGGAGCACAGAAGAAAUGGAAGACACAGUCUCUGCCCGCUGUGCUCCUAUCUAGAAGUGGCUGCAUCACAAGGAGGGGGGAUGACCGCAGUGUCUACCCCAUACCCCGUGACCCGCAGGGCCCUAUUCCCUGGAGACUCUGAGAUUGACCAACUCUUCCGGAUCUUUCGGACUCUGGGGACCCCAGAUGAGGUGGUUUGGCCAGGAGUUACUUCUAUGCCUGAUUAUAAGCCAAGUUUCCCCAAGUGGGCUCGGCAGGAUUUUAGCAAGGUUGUGCCUCCCCUGGAUGAAGACGGACGGAGCUUGUUAUCUCAAAUGCUGCACUAUGACCCCAACAAGCGGAUUUCAGCCAAAGCAGCCCUGGCUCACCCUUUCUUCCAGGAUGUGACUAAACCAGUGCCCCACCUUCGACUCUGAUGUCCUUCCCAAAGCCCUCUUCACCUGUGGUCUGACCUGAUCCUGGGCCUUUUGGACACAGGUCAGCCUUCUGCUGUUUUCUGGCUGUCUUAGCCUUUUCUCUGGGCCAGCCGGUUCUGGGGAUUCAGAGGUGCAGAGAAGGAUUAGGUGAAAAGGGAGAAAGUUUUGGCAUUAGAUGCACUUAACCCGACUUCCAGCUUCUCUCCCUCUUCCCAGUCAUCACUGAGAAGGAUUAGUAUUGAAGCAAAACUGACAGUUCUCCCCAGUGUCAGAUUUUGCCAUCCCAACCUUAAGACUGUCUCAUAGUUACCGUGUUGAGGGAAAUGCCCCCAGACUCCUGCUGACAAUGUUUUCUAAACUAAUGAGCAGAAGCCUAAGUUGGGACAGUUCAGAACCAAGCAAGAGGGGUCCAUUUUAAUGAAUUAGAGUAAAAAAAUAGACCUAAGCCAUUUGUACCUUAGUCUUAGUGUUUGGCCUCAUCUAGCAACCAAGGAAGCCUGGUUGGAGAAACAGAAGAAAUGAUUCCCUCCAGAGCCCUGUCUCCCUUCCCCAGGCAAGAAGAGCCAGGAGGGCACAGGCUUACGCUUCACUCUGAUCUGUGUGCUUCACAGGGCAAGGUGAAAGACACUUGAAUUUCCCUUUUUAGCAAUCUUACUGUUUUCUGGUGCUGCCGGCUGAACCCAGGACCUUGCCCUCACUAAGCAAAUGUACCUACCACCAGUGAGCCAGAUUUCGUUCGAGCCCUCCUUUGGGAAGUUCAGUUCUUCAGUUGUCAGAGAGCCUUAUUACCAUCUUCCUCUGAGAGCCACCCUCACUCCUAGUAGUGGAAGCGAGCUAGGAGACAUUUCGAGAAUGCUGAUACUUUUUAAAGGCUGGGUUAGGUCAUUGGGGGAAAUUUUCUAUAAAAGAGUGAACAAUUAUAUUUAUAUUUUCAAGUUAGAAUAGUUUGGAUAUUUCAAUGGUUUUUUGUUUGUUGUUUCUUUUUUUCUUUUUUGUCAGUGUGGAUGGAUUUGUUACCAUGUGCACUUUGGGAUUUUUUUUUUAAUUGUUUAAAGAAAAUAUUUCUUUUAUGAUUUCCUUCUCCCACCCCGUGUUGUUAAUAUUAUUUGUAAUUUAGUUUGUAAUUCAUUAAAAGAAAAUAUUCUCA